CCGAUAGCGGGCAGGGUGCUAGGGGGCGAAGUGUGAGGAGAUGAGGCCACUAAGGGGGCUAGGGAGUGGGGGGUGACAGAAGCCUUGGGGGGCCCCUGUGGGGGUCAGAGUGUCUCUGGAGGUGUGACAGCACCUGAGAGACUCAGGAUAGGUUGGGGGGAAUGUCUCCCCCAGGAUGUUGGGGCGGGAUGAGGGAUCCCAUGCGAGGCCACGGAUGGGCUUGAGGGUCUCCUGUGAGGCUUAGGAUGCAUUUGGGGGUCACCUAUAAGGCACACCUCUGGCACCCAGGAUGGAUUUGAGGGGAGCCCCCAUAAGGACGCCAUUGGGGCACUCCAUGGGAGCCUCAUUUGCCUGGGGGUGUCACGGACAUGGGGGCCGUGUGGGUGGGUCCGGGGUCCCCAGGUGACCCCCCCCGUGUCGCAGCCAUGGAUCCAGGCACGGGGCCGCGGAAGGAGCGGCCGAAGCCGCGGGAGCCAGCGGCGCGCCUGGAGAAGGCCAAGCAGAGGUCGGCCCAGCAGGAGCUGAAGCAGCGGCAACGGGCGGAGAUCUACGCCCUGAACCGGGUGAUGACGGAGCUGGAGCAGCAGCAGUUCGACUCCUUCUGCAAGCAGAUGCAGGGAUCCGGGGAAUGACAGCCUGGCCCCUGCCCUGCCCCCUCCUUUUCUAACCCCCUGGUAUUUAUUGUCAAAUCACCCUUUUUAUAUCAAUAAAAUCUGUGCUGGUUCUCGGUC